AUGAGACAGGGGCAGGGUUAGUGCCACACUUGCGAGUAAGUUAAGGGUAGCGCUUUGCUUUCUUUCACUUGAAGUCUAAUACGGAGUUGCAAGAAAAGGCUGUUUCCUUACCAAGUUGAGAGGAGGGCUUGCCAGUAUGAGUAAUGCUACCAGAACAGAGCCUUUUAGGUCUUCCAGCAUCCUUGGAGAUCCCUACUCUGUUUUUGUGUUGAAAGAAGGCUAUGCAUACUAUGACCAGGAUGGCAAUAUGAAGGCAGAUGGCACCAUCACUCUGAUAAAGGGAAAGGAGAUUAUUCUGGUGGAUACGGGGAGCCCUUGGGAUAGGGAAGUCCUUCUGCAGGCCUUAUCUCUCCAUAAUGUGGUACCUAAAGAUGUAACUUAUGUGGUGUGUACACAUGGACACACUGAUCAUGUGGGCAAUCUCAAUCUGUUUCCAGAUGCCACUAUCCUGGUUUCAUAUGAUAUCUGCAGGAAGGACACUUAUUUGAGUCAUGACUUUCGAGCUGGGCAGCCCUUCAGGAUUGAUGACAGUGUUGAGAUCUUCCCAACUCCUGGCCAUACUGGCUGUGACACCAGUGUCCUUGUGAAAGGGACUGCAGCAGGCACUGUUGUGGUUGCAGGGGACCUUUUUGAAUGUGAAGAGGAUUACACAACUUGGCAGGAGCUGAGUGAGAAUCUUGACGUACAGCAGAGAAACAGAGACAGAGUCCUGGAGAUAGCUGAUGUUGUGAUUCCUGGACAUGGUAGCCCAUUCAGAGUACAUAAGCAGGAAAAACUGUGUCAGAAUUGAUGAAUUGUGCUUUUUGGUAACAUUUUAAUGCUGUCUGAUUGCCAUACUUCAUGCAGACUUUUGGAUGAUUAUUUCAGAUAAGUCUCCAUUUUCAACAGGUAGUAUAUUUUGACAAGCGAGUGUGAUUGUGUGCAAAAAAUAAAACUGACCUUUUUUAUGUGGCAUUCUGAAACUUGCAGAUUUGCAUAUGCAUUUCAAAAGUGUACUCUUUCCUUCAUAAGACAGGGAUUAGGGGCAUACAUUUCUGAAUUUUUUUCUGUAAAAUAAAGUCCUUAUUUUCGCUUGUC